AUUUCUUUACCUCAGAAUAACCUUGACAUUGCAUUCAAGAACAGGACUGCAGAACUACAGGAAACAGGAGGGGGGAAGAAGCUCGCAAUUAAUCAAGUGCAAUGGCAGUCACUAAAUACUCCUACGAAACCCUAAGCCCUCUCCUCCCCUCUUCCGCGGCAGACACCGCCGCCACCAUUGCAGGCAACGACGAAUAUGACGACUUCGUAGUGUUCCGCAACGAAAUUUCUCUCUCCUCAUUGGAACCCACCUCUACGGACGCCGCCGCAGUUGAUUACUUCUCCCUUGACGUCAACGAUUUUUCCGAUAAAGUUAUUCAAACGAAUCCGUCCCCUGAGGUGGUGGUUGCGGCGGAGAGAGACAAGGAAGCUGAGCAGAUACCGGAGCGGACACUAGAGAGCGGUUGGUUUCGCGCCGAUUGUCGGUUCAAGAGUCCUAUGCUUCAACUCCAUAAAGAGAUCCUGGACUUCUGUGAUUUUCUCUCUCCAACUCCUGAAGAAGCAGCAUCACGCAAUUCAGCUAUUGAACGCGUAUCAGACGUUAUCAGAUAUAUAUGGCCCUAUUGCAGGGUAGAGGUUUUCGGGUCAUACAGAACAGGGCUCUAUCUUCCAUCAAGUGAUAUUGAUGUUGUGAUUCUCGAAUCAAAUAUAAAAACUCCACAAAUUGGCUUACAGGCUCUGGCUAGGGCAUUAUCACAAAAGGGAAUUGCAAAGAAGAUGCAGGUGAUUGGCAAAGCUAGGGUACCGAUUAUUAAAUUUGUGGAGAAGGUGACUGAUGUUCAAUUUGACAUUAGUUUUGAUGUCGACAAUGGUCCCAAAGCUGCCGAGUAUAUCCAGGAUGCCAUAUCAAGGUUGCCUCCCUUGAGACCUCUCUGUUUAAUUCUUAAGGUAUUUCUGCAGCAGAGAGAGUUGAAUGAGGUAUAUUCUGGAGGUGUUGGUUCUUAUGCACUUCUUGCCAUGCUGAUUGCUAUGUUGCGAAGCGUGAACGACUGCCAAAGAUCUCCAGAACAAAACUUGGGAAUACUACUGGUCAAAUUUUUUGAGUUUUAUGCUCAUAGAUUAAACACUUGGGAUGUCGGUGUCUCAUGCAAUGGAAGAGGAACCUUUUAUUUAAAGAGUCGCAAGGGGUUCCAAAGUAAGGGACGCCCGUUUCUUAUAUCAAUAGAAGACCCGCAGACACCUGGCAAUGACAUAGGGAAGAACUCUUUUAACUAUUUCCAGAUACGAUCAGCUUUCAUGAUGGCUUAUGCAACACUUACAAAUACCAAGACCAUCAUGAAUUUGGGUCCUAACCGGAGUAUUCUUGGAACCAUCAUAAGACCAGACCCAGUUUUGUUGGAACGGAAAGGAGGGUCUAAAGGUGAGUUGACAUUCAACAGUUUGCUUCCAGGAGCUGGGGAAGCAUUGGAUUCACUCUAUGAUGAGAAGCAGGAUAUUUUGUGUAAUUGGCGAGUUGAUAAUGAUUACGAGGAAGAGGAAGAACCACUGCCUCGUGGUGGUAAUGCCGAGAGUAGCGGUGCCUCUUCCUCGGGUAAGAAGAGGAAGGCUUCUAAAUCAAAAUCGUAUGGAAAGGUAAAAGAGAAUGGAAGCUUUGGAAAGAACAAUUACGAAGAAAAUGGGUCCAGGAAAGAGAGGAAGAGAGAUAAGAAGCGAUCCAAAUCCUCUGGAUAACGUUGAGAAGCCUAUUUAAUUUCCAUGGAAAACACCGUCUUUUUCCAUCUUAAGCAAUCUUUGGAGAUUGGCCGGAUAUACUUUUAUGUUACAUUGUGGUUGAUGAUGCAGUGAGAUAUCACGGGGUGAUCUUCCUCAGCUGUUCUCUGGAUGGCUGCUGCAGCCGAUUCUGUAACAGAUUUUUGAGCUAUUGUGGUUCCUAGUAUAAUUUGGGCAGAAAUCAUCCAGGCAGGAAAAUGGAAGUGUACUAUGUAUAUGCCAUGGGUCGAUGUUUGUUGUAAUUUCUAGGUUAAAUUUAUAUACUACAUGGGAUUGGUAGAGGUAGGCAUAUUUUUUUUUUCCUGAUAGGAAGGGAGUAACACAAUGAAAUGUAAAUGGAUAUCUUCAUUUCAAUGGUGGCCGAUCUUUUUAUUCAA